UCAUGGUUCCCUUACAGCCAGAAGCUGUGUUAUGCAGACUUGUUAUGCAGAUUGGAAAGAACCAGAGAUACUCAUCCCUUUCCGGUUAGCUGAACUUUUCAUGGUUGUGUUUUUGCUCAAACUGGCCUACCUUGCGUGCAUGCUGCUCUGGUACGCAUUUGAAGUCGGAGCAAAUGAGUGCUUGACUAACAUACUAGGUUGGGUUGAGGCUGAAAUGCUUGUUUUACGAUUGUUAAACAUACCUCGCCAGUUUGAGUUUAAACUGUAUUUUUCCUGAAAGUGAUGUUCAGUUCAUAGUGCCCUUGACAUCAUAGUGCCAUUUUAUCAAUGAGAGAGUAGGGUAAUCAUGUGAUGAUCUCAGUAUGAUCUCCAUCAGCAGCUUGACCAUUGUUACUUGUAUACUGGGGGCUAAACAAGCAUCAUGGAUGGCUGAUUGAAAACAAUAUUUUUGCCUUGGAGCAUUUGAACCAUGGUGAACAUGAACAAACCUGUGUUCUGAGUUUGUGGUUGUGAAAUCAGAGCAUGGCUGUCUGCACGUUGCAUGUUGAGAGACAGCUAUUGCAGGAAUCUCGACACUUUCGUCAAGCAAGGUUUCACUGAAGUCAUUCAUUUUAUGAUAUGCAACUGUAAAAGAAUUUGAAUGAAAAUGAAUGGGGAACUCAAAGGGCAAAGCAUCUCAACGGAUGUGACCCUGGGAGACACUGACGCAGGAGGAGUCAUUAAGAAUGGCCUGAAAGAAGAGGACCCGAUUGUUGCCGCCACCAUUCACUUGGGCCAUCUCGCCAAAGAUGAUGUUAUUAAGUUGCUAAAGCUACUUGAGCCCUAUGAUGACAAAGUUGAGGUGAAAACCAGAUCCAGCCUUGAGAUUGAUGGGAGUCCUGGAUCAUUGGGAUUAUCUGGUGAUGUCAAAGGGCCUUCAGUAAAUGGAAUUGAUGGUGGUGCAAAAUUUACCAUGCCCACAAUUGGCAUGUCUGGACCCCAAAUAAAAGGAGCAGCCUUGGAUGGUACUGUUAAAAGCCCGGAGCUUAGUGUCUCUGCACCAACACUUGAAUCCCCAGAUGUGUCUGUUAAUGUGGACAAACCAGAGCUGAAACAUAAGCCCCCUAAGUUUAAAAUGCCAAAUUUCCAUUUGCCAGCCAAAAAGCCAAAACUUACAACCCCAGAAGCAACUUUGACAGGCCCAAGCAUCAGUGCAGAUGUUGACACCCCAAAGCUCAAUCUUCAAGCCCCAGAUGUUGAUGCAGAACUGAAAGUUCCAGAUGUUGAUGUCACCUUACCAAAAGCUGAGCUUGAAGGCCCCAAACUGGAUGUAGAUUCCCCAGAUGUUGACAUUGAGUCUCCAACAGGAAAGUUCAAAUGGUUCACACUUUCAAGGCCAAAGUGGGCUCACUCUCGACCUAAAAUUAAGACAGAUGUAGAUGUCGAUAUGGAUAUAGAAACCCCAGAUCUUAACAUUUCUGGGCCAACAGUUAACGCUGAUUUGAAUGUGCCAGAUGCUGAGGUGAACCUGCCCAAAGCUGAGAUUGAUGGUCCAAAUGUUGACAUUGAUCCACCUUCAAGUAAGUUCAAAUGGUCAAAACUGAAGCUACCCAAGAUGGGGAAAGUAAAAGGACCCGAUGUGGAUAUUGAUACAGAAGUUAAAACACCAGACGGGGAUUUUUCAUUACCAAAAAUUGAAGCUGAUGUGAACACGCCUGAUGUUGAUGUACAGAUACCAUCAGCUGACAUCAGUGGUCCAGAUGUGGAUCUCAAAGCUCCUGAUGUUGAGCUAAAUGCUCCAUCAGGGAAGGUAAAAUUUCCCACGCUAAAUAAGUCUACCUUCAAAUUCAAACCAAAAGUGACCACUCCUGAUAUCAAUGUUGAUGCUGACAUUAAAGCUCCCAAGGUUGAAGCUAAUCUUGAAGCACCAGAGGUAAAUGCAAGUCUUCCCAAAGCAGAAAUUGAUGGCCCUGAUGUUGAUCUCAAAGCCACGGAAGUCAACAUUGAUCCCCCCUCUUCAAAAUUUAAGUGGAACUGGAAGAAUCCCAAACUUAACUUCUCAAAACCAAAACCACCAAGCCUAGAAGUUGAUGCUGAGGUAAAGGCACCUGAUCUGGAUGCAGGACUUGACCUGCCUGGUGGAGAUAUACAUUUGCCUAACACAGACCUCACAGUACCUAAUGUGGACCUCAAAGCACCAGACCUCAGCCUCUCUCUGCCAAAAAUUGAGGGUGAUCUAGAUGCUCCAGCCCUAGAUGUUAAUUUGCCAGAUGCAAACCUGAAAGCACCAGAGGUGGAUCUCAACGCACCAGAAGCUGACAUUGAUGUACCAUCAGGCAAAUUCAAACUCCCGACAAUUAAAUGGCCGAAGAUGAAGGUGAAAACACCUAGCGUUGAUAUUGAUACAGAUGUAAAGACAUCUGAUUUGGAUGUCUCUAUACCCAAAGUUGAGGCAGGACUUGAUGCUCCUAGUGUUGAUAUGAAUUUGCCCAAAACAGAUCUCAGUGCCCCAGAUGUGGACCUCAAAGCACCAGACCUCAGCCUCUCUCUGCCAAAAAUUGAGGGUGAUCUAGAUGCUCCAGCCCUAGAUGUUAAUUUGCCUGAUGCAAACCUGAAAGCACCAGAGGUGGAUCUCAACGUACCAGGAGCUGACAUCGAUGUACCAUCAGGCAAAUUCAAACUCCCGACAAUUAAAUGGCCGAAGAUGAAGGUGAAAACACCUAGCGUUGAUAUUGAUACAGAUGUAAAGACACCUGAUUUGGAUGUCUCUAUACCCAAGGUUGAAGCAGGACUUGAUACUCCUGAGGUUGAUAUCAAUUUACCAGACACCAUCCUUAAAGCACCAGAGGUGGAUCUCAAUGCACCAGAAGCUGACAUCGAUGUACCAUCAAGCAAAUUCAAGCUACCGACAAUCAAAUGGCCGAAACUUAACCUGUCUGGACCAAAAGUGAAAACACCAGAUGUUGAAGUUGAUGCAGAUGUAAAGACACUGGAUUUGGAUGUCUCCAUACCCAACGUUGAGGCAGGACUUGAUGCCCCUGGUGUAGAUUUAACAUUACCCAAAACAGACCUCACUAUGCCAGAUGUGGACCUAGAGGCACCAGACCUGAAUAUCUCUGCACCAAAAAUCGAUCUAGGUGCUCCAGCUCUCAAUGCUUAUCUGCCUAAAUUAGAUGCUAAAGUGGAGGCGCCUGAUGUGAAUCUCUCUGCACCGAAGAUUGAGGCUAGUGCAAAUGUGCCAGAUGCAGACUUUCCAAAAGCAGAUCUUACGGGACCAGAUUUGGAUUUGAAGGCUCCGAGUAUAGAUGUUGACGCACCCUCCAGCAAAAUGAAAUUGCCUCACUUUAAGCUACCUAGAUUGCAUCUGACAGGACCAAAGGUGAAAGCACCCAGUGCCAGUGUUGAUGCCCCAGACAUCAUUGUACCAUCAGUCGAUGCUGGAGUUAGUGCACCAAAAGCUGAUGUACAUUUACCACAGUUUGAUGCCCAUGGACUUAGUCUUGACUUGAAUGCUCCAGAUAUCACAGCACCCAAAGUUGAGGGCGGUAUCACCACUCCAGAUGUUGAUCUGAAUUUACCAGAAGUGGAUGUCAAAAGCCCUGAAGUAGAUCUUAAUGUUCCUGAUGUCAAUGUUGAUGCAGACUUGAAAACACCAGAUCUUGAAGGUCCAGAUGUGGACUUGAAAGUUCCAGACGUGGAUGUAGAUCCACCUUCAGGAAAAUUCAAAAUGCCUCAUUUCAAAUUGCCAAAAUUUGGUUUCUCUAGCCUAAAAGUGAAGCAGCCUGAUCUAGAUGCCAGUGUGGAUGUGAAAGCUCCUGAAGUGGAUGUUGAGGUUCCCAAAGUUGAGGCACCCAGUGUUGACCUAAAUCUUACUGCUCCAGAGGUCAAAGGUGAUGUCAAUGCUCCAGAAAUUGAUGUGAAUCUUCCCAAAGCUGAUAUCAAUGGCCCUGAGGUUGAUGUAGCCGCACCUGACAUCAGUGUCGAUGCAUCAAAGCCAAAGUUCAAAUUCUUGACUCUCAGGAAGCUUAACCUGCAUGGAUCAAAAGUAAAAGCCCUUGAUGUUGAGGACGAUGGAAGUGUGGACACAGAUGUGGAUAUUAAGCUGCCAGAGGGAGACAUACCACUGUUCAAAACACACAGACUGCCACAAAACAUCAUUCAUGAUAUGAUGAAGUUCACUGGUGCUGUAGACCUGAGCAGUGACCCUAUAAAUCCUGAAUUAAAAACAGCAAACUCAAUAACGAAAGGUAUUAGUACUUCUAACCUGCUUAGCCAGGGGCAGCAAGCAGGACCAAUUGACAUCAGGGAAAGGUUGAGAUUGUUUGCUUCACGAUCGUCAUUGGAUAAAAGCCUGGGUGAUAUAUCCCCUGUAGGAGUUCAAGUGAACACCCCCUCCCUGGAGGUCUCACCAUCAACAGUGGUCAGUGUUAAUGCCCCAGAAGAUGAAGUAAAUGCAGAUGGUGACAGCCCCACAAAAAUCAAACGGGGAACAUUUAAAGUCACAAAGCCUGAAUGUGACAAAAACUACCCUGUGAUUGAUAAGUCUGAAAAAGACGAGAAUGAAAAAAUGUCAAUAGGUCUCUCCAAUAUGCUUGGCCUUCCCACCAAAGAUGACUCCGAUGGAAAUUCCUAAAUAUCUGUGGAGCUCUCAUAUUAGUCAACUGAAGUCAACUGAUUCAAACAAUCAUACACAAAAUGAACGAAGUUUAUAAAGCUAUCUAUCUAUUCACACGCUCAGUCUAACACGCAUGUCUAACAUCCUAAAAUAUUGAACGCUUCGGAAAAAAAUGAGAGUGGGAUGGACUGAGUUUCUAAUACUGUAAGUAAUGUUAUAUAAGGUGCACUGUAAGAGAAAUGUGACAAUAAAAUGUUAAUAUAUGCUACUUGCCAUUUGCCUUAAUACACAGUAUAGUGUGAUUGUGUGUUAAGUUUUAUGUGUAUGUGGAUGUCUGUAUUUGUGAGAGGCUAACUGAGUUAAUGUUUUGCAUAUAGUAUUGGAUUAACUAUGAAGUCCAGUUGCCACAGCUGCUGAAUGCUUUGUAGUAUUCUAUUAUGCUAUACAUUUUUAUAAA